AUGCACUUCACCAAUCUUAUGACGGCCCUUGUGGCGCUGGUUAGCUUUGCCGGCGAGGCCAUCGCCCAAGAGACCCAGCUUAUCAAGCGCGCAUCUCUGACGCAGGUCCAGAACUUUGGCACCAACCCAUCGGGCGUCAAGAUGUUCAUAUAUGUGCCCGCCAAGCUGCAGGCCAAGCCACCCAUUGUCCUAGUGCUGCACGCCUGCUCCUGGACCGCCACCAACUUCUUUGGCACGACCAAGUACGGUCAGCUGGCCGAGCAAUAUGGCUACAUCGCCAUCUACGGCCAGACGCCAACCGACGGUGCCUGCUGGGAUGUCUCGAGCGACCAAAGCCUGAAGCACGACGGCGGCAGCGACAGCACCGGCCUCGCCAACAUGGUGCGCUAUGCGCUGCAAAAGUACAAUGGAGACGCUAGCCGCGUUUAUGUCACUGGUGAAUCUUCUGGUGCUAUGAUGACUCAAGUCAUGGCUGCCGCCUAUCCCGACAUGUUUGCCGCCGCGUCCGAGUUCAGCGGCGAGCCGGCAGGGUGCUUUCGAACCGGGACUGUCCGCGGCUGGAACAGCCAGUGUGCCGGUGGUCAGGUGCACCACACUUCGGCCGAGUGGGCCACUAUCGUCCGCAACAUGUACCCUGGGUACAGUGGACAGUAUCCGCGCAUGCAGGUCUACCACGGCGACGUCGACACCACGCUCAACAUUGCCAGCUUCAACGAGUCUAUCAAGGAGUGGUCGGGCAUUUUCGGCUACUCUGGCUCGCCUUCCUCCUCCAUCAACAACAGCCCGGGAUCUCGCCUGACCAGGUACAUCUACGGUGACAGGCUGCAGGGCAUCUGGGGUCACGGCAUUGGACACGUCGUGCCUACGAAUGAGACGGAAGCGCUGACUUGGUUUGGCAUAAUAGGUGGGGGAAGCCAAACAACGACUAUGAUCACUACCACUCAACGCCCAACAUCGACUGCCGCUGGUGUCCCAUCCACCACGAGCUUCCCUCCUCCUAGCGGGGGUGCCUGCGCUGCCCAAUGGGCCCAAUGCGGUGGUUCAGGCUGGACUGGCGCGACCUGCUGUCAGUCCGGCAGUAAGUGCACCUACUCCAACGACUGGUACUCUCAGUGCAUCUGA